GCCAGCUCGCCCUCCUCCCCCUCCCUCCUGACCUCCUCCUCCUCCAGGGCAUCCUCCACGCCUCACGGAUUUCGCAGGGACCCCGGAGGAAAAAAAAAGAAAGCGAAAUCGACCAAUCUCCUCAUCAUUCACGGCCUCGCCUCCUCCCCCAGAAAUUUCCCCAUUUCCGCCGCUCGCGAUCGGCGCGGAGCUCCCCCGAAUCCCGGGUCCGGAUUCGCGACCGCUCGCCGCGAGCCUCGGGGGGCCGCCGGCCCGUGCUCGGAUUCGCGGGCGCCGCGGCCGUGGUCCGCGCGGGGAAUGCUCUACCUCAAGCAGCCUGGCGGCGCGGAUUUAGGGUUCCGGCGGGCGGCUGCGGGGCUGUGAUCUGCCGCGGCGGCGGAUGCGAGAUUGAGCCGGCCCGCGCCGGGGGAUUCGGCCGGCCAUGGCGGCGGCGGCGGCGGGCGCGGAGGCGGACGGCUGCCUCCGGAGCUUCGAGCUCUAUGAGGCCGAGUCGAAAUUUUAUAUUCUUGGAACUAACACUGACAAGACAUUAUGGAGAUUACUCACGAUUGAUAGAAUGGAACCAUCAGAGCUCAAUGUAGAAGAGGAUUCCACCGUGCACUCACAGAGUGACUAUCUUGAUCUGCUAAGACUUCUAGAUGAAGACCAUAGAUCAACUGGUGGAGUUAAAUUUGUCACCAACUGUUUUGGAAUCAUCGGUUUCAUUAAGUUCCUCGGGCCCUAUUACAUGUUAAUUAUUACUGAGCAGAGAAAGAUCGGGGACAUAUUUGGCCAUCCGGUAUACCAAGUUACCAAGACUGCAAUGAUUGAGUUAUCAAAUUCUAAGACGAGGCCAAAGUUAACUAAUUCCAAGGAUGAGAACAGGUACAAGAAGCUCUUGCAGACAAUUGAUCUUAGAAAAGACUUCUUUUUUAGCCACUCAUAUCAUAUAAUGAGAAGCCUCCAGAAGAACAUUAGUGAUCCACAAGAAGGGUGGGAACUAUAUGACACAAUGUUUGUAUGGAAUGAGUUCCUAACUCGAGGGAUACGUAACAUUCUGAACACUACACUCUGGACUGUUGCAUUAGUCUAUGGUUUUUUUAAGCAGGAUAAACUUGCAAUAUGUGGGAAGGAUAUUAUGUUGACGCUCAUUGCUAGACGCUCGCGGCAUUAUGCUGGCACCAGGUAUCUAAAGAGGGGCGUGAAUGAUGAGGGCAGAGUAGCGAAUGAUGUUGAGACUGAGCAAAUCGUUUAUGAAGACUUGCCUGGACCAAGGCAAAUAAGCUCUGUUGUGCAGAAUAGGGGUUCAAUUCCACUGUUCUGGUCCCAGGAGACAUCAAAGCUGAAUCUUAAGCCUGAUAUCAUAUUGCAUGAAAAGGACAAGAAUUAUGAGGCUACCAGACUUCAUUUUGAAAAUCUUAGGAAGAGAUAUGGAAAUCCUAUCAUCAUCUUAAACUUAAUUAAGACACGUGAGAAGAGACCACGUGAAAUUAUACUCCGUCGGGAAUUUGACAGAGCAAUAAAGAUUAUAAAUAGUGGUCUGCCAGGGGAAGAUCAUUUGAGAUUUUUACAUUGGGAUCUUCAUAAAAACUCUCAAAGCAAAAGUACAAAUGCCCUUCAAGUGCUUCUGAAAGUGGCAUUUGAAGCUCUGAACUUGACAGAGUUCUUUUAUUAUCAAGUUUCUCCAGAUCGAAGAACAGAGAGUUUCCUUAAUUUAAGGCUUACAUUGAAGAAUGGUUUUGGUCCUCACGUGUGUGAUGACAACAACAAUCAUGGCACUGCAGACUAUGUCGAUGAUCUUGAUGACAUCUCCCAAGACGAUACUUGUGGCAGUUCUGAUCCUGGCAAUGGAAUUGCAGAAGAUAAUUCUGAGGUCAAUGGAUCUACCCAAAUAAAGCCUCCAAAAUUUCAAAAGGGUGUCUUACGUACAAACUGCAUAGAUUGUUUAGACCGCACAAAUGUUGCUCAAUAUGCCUACGGGUUAGCUGCUCUAGGACACCAGUUACAUGCACUUGGCUCUUUAGAAUCUCCAGAAGUUCAUAUAGACGCCCCUUUGUCUCGACAUUUGAUGCAUUUUUAUGAACGGAUGGGUGAUACACUUGCUUUACAGUAUGGUGGUUCGGCUGCUCACAAUAAGAUAUUCUCUGCAAAGAGAGGGCACUUGAAGUUUGCUAUUCAAUCUCAAGAGUUCUUUAGGACACUACAACGAUACUACAGCAAUGCCUAUAUGGAUGCAUACAAACAGGCAGCGAUAAACUUAUUUUUAGGGUACUUCGAACCCCAGGUGGGAAAACCUGCACUUUGGGAGCCAGAAUCUGGUGAUGAGCAUGUACUUGAUGACGAUACUAGUAAAUUGAUGAAGAGGGCAAGGUCAGAUGGCAGCAUUCUUAAUAACAGCAAACCACCAAUAUCCAGCAAAGGACCAAAUGGAAUGUUAAACUCAGCAUUUACCAGUUCAAAAAAAGAAGAGCAAUAUCCAAACUGGAGUUCUGAUUCCAUGCACGGAAUGUCUUCAACCUCUGACAAUUCAGUGUCGAAGUUAAGGUAUACUUCAUCAGCGUCUCACGUUAAGCAUAUAAGCUGUGAACUGGACUAUUGCAAUGGUUCUGGUGAUUCGAAUUUCCUGGAUCUUGACUGGCUUUCAGCUUCAGACAACGAUAGAUCAAAAGCCAUAAGCACUCCUGAUGUGAAUAUUUCAACUGAUAAUGCUGUUGGUGAUGUAAGCUCCGGGACAACGGAUGCUCAAACUACUAAGAUCCAGGCUCAUGGGUUAUCUAAGGAUUUUGUGCAGUGGGUUUAUCAAGGAGAGGCAUUUUGGUACUGAUGUCACAAGAUUGCUUAUCAUGUAAAUACAAGCUACGUGAUGGUAGCAGUUGCAAAAAGCAAAAAAAAGAGAGGCUAAAAGAUGGUUGCCCAGACUUUAUUCCAAAGCCUCUUAUACCUCUUAAAGACGAUCGCAAUGAGGCAUACCAUUGUGCUUGAGACUGUUUAUCAACCACAAGCAUCCUCCUUGCGGUGUAUUAAUAUGAUGGGCUGAGAAUCUCAGAGACACCCCAUCAAAAAGAGUUGUGUAGGGAAGUGUACCAUUCUGUUCAUUUGUUGAAGCUUGCUCACCAGGCGGGUAGAUAGGGCAUUGUUGUUAUUUUUCUUGAAAGGAAAGAAAGAAGGUAGUUAGUAGUAUAUUAUUCUUUUGAAGCUGUACCAUUGUCCAGGCAUCACCCCCCAUCUCCAUCGUGUAAAUAUAUAUGUCCCAAGUGUUCACCCCAUUUCCCUUUUCCCUUCCCAUGAGAGUUGAGGUGGGCUUGAAGGCGCCAUUUUUCCCUCAACCUUUUUUUGGAUGGGACCUCUGGAAACACCAUGUACAUGUAUUUUCCGUCGCAACAGGAGAGACAAGACAACCAUUGUGUAAUCCCCAUUGUACCAAACCCCUGUCCCAAUAGACAUCUCUUGUACUGUUUGUUGUCGCA